AACCCCCGCCACGGCCCCUAGCCCCUGGCCGUUCGGCAAGACCCCUGCUUAUCCCGGGGCUUCCCGAAAUCCAGUUCCCCUCCCCCACCCCAGCUCAUGCCCCAGCCCCAGAAGUCCGGGGCUGCCAGCCCCCGGUGCCCCUGCCCCUCCUGAGAAUCGGGGUGUGCUCCUCAAGCCCCCUCCCUUCCACUUGGGAGCCCCUUUUAGGGUCCCCCCUCCCUUCCACGCUCCCCUAUCCUUCUCUUUUCCAACCUUCUCUUUCCCCUCUCACCCCUCCCCCCAUCCUGGCCCCCCCUGCAAAAGUGGGGUGCGGAGGGGGGAGGGGUGAGAACCCACCAAGGGGAGGAACAAAACUCCAAUGAAGUCAGAGCCCCCUACUCACCACCGCGGCCAGGCCCCCCAACAUGGACUGUCUCUGUAUAGUGACAACCAAGAAAUACCGCUACCAAGAUGAAGACACGCCCCCUCUGGAGCACAGCCCGGCCCACCUCCCCAACCAGGUAAACGCCCCCGAGCUGGUGCACGUGGCGGAGAGGAACUUGUCCCACCUCGAGGCCGUCCAUGGGGUCGUGGGCCACGCCCACCUCUCCCCCCUCAAGGCCAAUUCUCCCCCUGUGAUUGUCAACACGGACACUCUAGAAGCCCCGGGAUAUGUGAACGGGACAGAGGGGGAGAUGGAAUACGAGGAGAUCACAUUGGAAAGGGGUAACUCAGGUCUGGGCUUCAGCAUCGCAGGUGGCACCGACAACCCUCACAUCGGUGACGACCCAUCCAUUUUCAUCACCAAGAUCAUUCCUGGUGGGGCUGCAGCACAGGAUGGCCGCCUCAGGGUCAACGACAGCAUCCUGUUUGUAAACGAAGUGGACGUUCGGGAGGUGACCCAUUCGGCUGCAGUGGAGGCCCUCAAAGAAGCAGGUUCCAUCGUUCGCCUCUACGUCAUGCGCCGGAAACCGCCAGCUGAGAAGGUCAUGGAAAUCAAACUCAUCAAAGGGCCUAAAGGACUUGGCUUCAGCAUUGCAGGGGGUGUAGGGAACCAGCACAUCCCUGGCGAUAAUAGCAUCUACGUAACGAAGAUCAUCGAAGGAGGUGCUGCCCACAAGGAUGGCAGGUUGCAGAUUGGAGACAAGAUUCUGGCGGUCAACAGCGUGGGGCUAGAGGACGUCAUGCAUGAGGAUGCCGUGGCAGCCCUGAAGAACACAUAUGACGUUGUCUACCUAAAGGUGGCCAAGCCCAGCAAUGCCUACCUGAGUGACAGCUAUGCUCCCCCAGACAUCACAACCUCGUAUUCUCAGCACCUGGAUAAUGAGAUCAGUCACAGCAGCUACUUGGGCACUGACUACCCCACAGCCAUGACCCCCACUUCCCCUCGGCGCUACUCCCCUGUGGCCAAGGACCUGCUGGGCGAGGAAGACAUUCCUCGGGAACCCAGGCGAAUUGUGAUCCACCGGGGUUCCACAGGCUUGGGCUUCAACAUCGUGGGUGGCGAGGAUGGUGAAGGCAUCUUCAUCUCCUUCAUCCUUGCUGGGGGUCCUGCUGACCUCAGUGGGGAGCUGCGGAAGGGGGACCAGAUCCUAUCGGUCAAUGGUGUUGACCUCCGCAAUGCCAGCCAUGAACAGGCUGCCAUUGCCCUGAAGAACGCGGGUCAGACGGUCACGAUCAUUGCUCAGUAUAAGCCAGAAGAGUAUAGCCGAUUCGAGGCCAAGAUCCAUGAUCUUCGGGAGCAGCUGAUGAAUAGUAGCCUGGGCUCAGGGACUGCAUCUCUGCGGAGCAACCCCAAGAGGGGUUUCUAUAUCAGGGCCCUGUUUGAUUAUGACAAGACCAAGGACUGCGGUUUCUUGAGCCAGGCCCUGAGCUUCCGCUUCGGGGAUGUGCUUCAUGUAAUUGACGCUAGCGAUGAAGAGUGGUGGCAGGCACGGCGGGUCCACUCUGACAGUGAGACCGAUGACAUUGGCUUCAUUCCCAGCAAACGGCGGGUUGAGCGACGAGAGUGGUCAAGGUUAAAGGCCAAGGACUGGGGCUCCAGCUCUGGAUCACAGGGUCGAGAAGACUCGGUUCUGAGCUACGAGACAGUGACGCAGAUGGAAGUGCACUAUGCUCGUCCCAUCAUUAUCCUUGGGCCCACCAAAGACCGAGCCAAUGAUGAUCUUCUCUCUGAGUUCCCCGACAAGUUUGGAUCCUGUGUCCCUCAUACGACACGUCCCAAGCGGGAAUACGAGAUAGAUGGCCGGGAUUACCAUUUUGUGUCCUCCCGGGAGAAAAUGGAGAAGGACAUUCAGGCGCACAAGUUCAUUGAGGCUGGCCAGUAUAACAGCCACCUCUAUGGGACCAGUGUCCAGUCUGUGCGAGAGGUAGCAGAGCAGGGGAAGCACUGCAUCCUCGAUGUCUCGGCCAAUGCCGUGCGGCGGCUGCAGGCGGCCCACCUGCACCCUAUCGCCAUCUUCAUCCGUCCCCGCUCCCUGGAGAAUGUGCUAGAGAUCAAUAAGCGGAUCACAGAGGAGCAAGCCCGGAAAGCCUUUGACAGAGCCACUAAACUGGAGCAGGAAUUCACAGAGUGCUUCUCAGCCAUCGUGGAGGGCGACAGCUUCGAGGAGAUCUACCACAAAGUGAAGCGUGUCAUUGAAGACCUCUCAGGCCCCUACAUCUGGGUCCCAGCCCGAGAGAGACUCUGAUUCCUGCCCUGGCUUGGCCUGGACUCACCCCGCCUCCAUCGCCUGGGCCCUUGGUCUGGACUGAAUAGCCCAAGCCCUUCGUGCCCCAGCCUCCCUUCCCACCCUUCUUAUUUAUUUCCUUUCUAACUGGAUCUAGCCCACUGGAGGGGGGACACUCCUCUGCAUGUAUUCCUGUACCCCAGAUCAGGGCUCCUGGACCCCAGGAACUUGGGGUCUGGGGGGGCUGGGCUCCUGGUUCCGAGCCCUUGCUCCUUAGGACCCCCUACCCCUGCCCGCCCCCAUGCACACUCAGACCCACUGGGGGCCUCUGCCCUCCCCAUUUCUCCCACAUACAUUCCAGAAGUCAGGGCCCCUCUCAAGGAGUACCCGCUGUAGGGAUGCAGGACCGCAGGCUUCCGCGCUCUCCUGAGGCAGGGGCUGGGGUCACCCCUGCCCCAUCAUAACUCCCAUGUCAUUUGAUUUCUCUUUAUUUUCUCCAUUGUUUUCUUCUCAAAGGUGGUUUUUGGGGGGAGAAGCAGGGGGACUCUACUGCAGGUUCCCUGUCUUCCACGCGCCUCCCACCUUUUUUCUUUGCUGGUUUGCAUGAGUGGAAGGUCUAACUGUGGCUUUUUUUUUUUCUGGGAUUUUUUUCUUUUUUCUUUUUUCUUUUUUUCUUUUUUUUG